AUGAAGUCUACUCUUCUCUUCCUCGCCCCCUCGCUGGCUGCGGCCACCGUGCCCGCCAUCUUUGCCCGUGGCUGCGGUGACAACUGCGCCCGAGCUGUCAUCGCCAAGGCCUACACCACCCGCGACGGUGCCGGUGACUGCGCCGCCUUCCUGAGGACCACCGUGACCCCCUCCGCCGUCACCGUGACGGCCACGGUCACCGACUUCUUCUCCGUCACCUCCACGGAGCUGGCCACCGAGACCACCCUGACGACCACCACCUACGCCUCGACCGACGUCGCCGUCGUCAAGGAGACCGCCCAGGAGACCGUCACCGUGACCAGCAUCGCCGCCGCUCUCAAGAAGCGUGAUGACCCGGCGCCCACCAUCCCGGCUUACGCGUCGGCCUGCUCCGGCGAGGCCAGGUACUCGACUGCUUGCGCUUGCGUCGGCGUCACCAUGGUCACGAUCACCGCCGCCAUCCCCACGUCGACUGUCACCGUCUCCGAGAGCACCACUGCCUCCUUCAGCGAGACGACCACUGUUGCCACCGAGGUCAUCGUCUCGACCAGCACCAGCAUCGAGUCCACCACCACCACCACUACCAUCCCUCCACACAGCGACGCCACGGCCACGGCCACCCAGACCGCCGUCGUUGCCCCUGCCAAGUUCAAGCUCCGCUCCACCAGCAACGGCAAGUUCCUGAACCCCCAGCUCCCCGAGGUCUUCGGCGUCUACCGCAGCACCCUCGGCUUCACCGGCGACGCCUCCAAGGCCGCCGUCUUCUCCUUCAGCACCCCCACCGGCGGCCAGCUGUCCCAGGUCAGCGGCUCCAAGAGCUACCCCCUCCUGGCCGGCACCAACUCCAACAACCCCGUCGUGGUUGCCAACCCCGCCGGCGCCGGCAUCGACACCUCCUUCAAGCCCGCCGUCUGCUCCUUCACCGGCGCCAAGGUCUCCUGCGCCUGGGCCGCCAGCGCCAGCACUCCCCGCAGCUGGAGCAUCCUGCCCGGCUUCAACACCCUGCUCCUGGGCAACCCCAGCAACUUCAUUGGCGCGACCAUCGAGCUCGAGAUUGUCGCUGCCUAA